UUCUUCUACAAACACUCGGUUAGUUUGAAUUCAGUUCUGAAAAUAAGAAAAAUUCAGAAUCACAAAAUAAACCGAUGGAGCUUUUUGCUUUAUAUUCUCCUCGUAUAACCAGUACAUUACCAUCAUCAUCGAGAAAGUUUUUAACGGGUAAAAGUUCAUUCAUUUCCUCUCUUAACAACAAUUUGAAGAAAAACCCAGAUGCCAGAAAUUUCAAAUUUGAUGAUGCCAGAGCUCAAUUUUCAGUGAAAGGAAGUAGAAAAUGCAAUGUUGGGAUUGUAAAGGCAGUUGUUAAACAGGAAAUUCAAUCAAAUGAUGACGUUGUCUUUGUUGCUGGUGCUACUGGUAAAGUUGGUUCAAGAACUGUAAGGGAGCUGUUGAAGCUAGGAUUUCAAGUAAGAGCAGGUGUGAGAAGUGCUCAGAAAGCAGAUAAACUUGUUAAGAGUGUUCAAGAAAUGAAGCUUGAUGAAGGUGCCGCAGCCGUAGAAAAGCUUAUAAUUGUGGAAUGUGAUUUGGAGAAAGAUGGGAUUAAAGAGGCAAUAGGAAAUGCAUCUGUUGUAAUUUGUUGUAUUGGUGCCAGUGAAAAAGAGGUUUUCGAUGUCACUGGACCAUGUCGCAUUGACUAUCGAGCUACGAAAAGUCUCAUUGAUGCAGCAACAUCUGCACGAGUUGAUCACUUUAACUUGGUUACCUCUUUGGGGACAAACAAGAUCGGAUUUCCUGCAGCUAUUCUGAAUUUGUUUUGGGGAGUCCUUAUAUGGAAAAGGAAAGCUGAAGAAGCACUUAUAGCAAGUGGCCUUCCAUACACUAUAGUGAGGCCAGGAGGAAUGGAAAGACCUACUGAUGCAUAUAAGGAAACUCAUAAUAUUACCCUUGCAGAGGCAGAUACUUUAUUUGGUGGCCAAGUAUCUAAUCUUCAGAUUGCAGAAUUAAUGGCGUUCAUGGCCAAGAACAGAAGCUUAUCUUACUGUAAAGUGGUGGAAGUAGUUGCCGAGACAACUGCUCCAUUGACUCCCUUGGGAGAUCUUCUUGCUAAAUUACCAUCUGAUAGAGUGGAUACUUCUGCGAAUAAGGAAAAAUUACAAGAUACACGUCUGCCAGAUCCAGUGCCUUCUCAGAUUAUUACCCCUGAAGCAAGCACUGCAGUCGUUGAGAAGGAGCCCACCCAAAAGAAAGUACAGAUAGCAAGGCCUCUCUCUCCCUAUUUCAAAUACAAAAAUUUGAAACCUCCAACAUCUCCUACACCAACACCUCCACCAUCUUCCAAACCAACCCCCAGCACCACCCCUGGUUCAACUAAAGUAGCAGAAGUAGAUACUUUGGAGGCAACAGUGGAAGUAGAUGAUUCGGAAUCACCAACAUCUCCUACUCCUACUUCACCUGGUGGUGUUACGGUUCGAGUAAAUGCCACUCAAGUGGAAACAGGUACUACCUCUGCAGCCGUCGAAGUUAGUGCUGAAGUGCCGAAAACACGGCCUCUCUCUCCUUACGCUGUAUAUGAAGAUUUGAAACCACCCACGUCUCCAAGCCCAUUUCAGGCAACUGCUAAUGGAAGAGUUACCAAUGCUACUCUUCCAGUGGAGGCUGCACCACCCUCUACUGAAACAAGUUCUACGGUGGAGACAACACCUGCAGAGGUCACUGAAACAGAAGUCUCACCAAUUAAGACUAAGGAAACAAGUCAUCUUUCACCUUAUUAUGCCUACGAUGACUUGAAACCUCCGACUUCACCAUCUCCAAGUGCACCAGUAUCAUUGUCUUCACAACCCAAAAUAUCCGACGUGCCAGACACCAGCGCAGCUGAAAACCCAAAAUUGGAUGAACCAGUGGUGGAAACAAGUACCAAUGAACCAAAACCAAGACCUCUUUCGCCUUUCACUAUCUACGAUGACCUGAAACCUCCAACUUCACCAUCUCCAAGUUCACCAGUAUCACUCGCUGCUUCACAACCUGAAAUACCCGAUGUGCCAGACACCAAUGCAGCUGAAACUCCAAAGUCAGACGAACUAGCUACAGUGGAGGAAAUAUGUACCAGUGAACCAAAACCAAGACCACUUUCGCCUUUCACUACGUAUGAGGAUUUAAAGCCUCCAACUUCCCCGACAAUCGUAUUCAAAUGAGCAUCAGCUUACACACGAACAAUUAAUGAACGGGUUUAUGAGGUAUAUCAUUUGUGUCGGGACUCGGGAGAAAGAAGCAAGCACUUCGAAGCAGUGGAGUGCGUCUAUACGAGUUUUUUUUCUUUAGAGUAUUUCGUAUUGUCUAUAAGCUGUUCAUUGUAUCCACUUGGUUGUUUCAUUUCUGUUUUUCUUAUUAUUCAAACAUUGUUGUCACAUUGGAGCUUUACGUGAAAUUUGAUUUAUUGGCUGAAAGAUGUAAAAUCACUUUAUGUUGGUUGAA